GACUGGCUUUUUCUUGGCCAGCUACCAAGACUUUUUUUUUAUUUAGAGAGGCACUGUGAGUACCCCAAGACAAGUUGACAAAAACACAAAGAGGACUGAAAGUUCAGAAAGCACACGACAAAAAAAGUAAUUCUACAUUUGGAACAGGGGCAUUUGUGCCCUCUCCUUCUGUUCAUACCUCCACCAGUGACUGGCUGAAUACAAAUAUCCAGGUGCAGGUGCGUUGUCAUGGGUAUCCUGCAUUGGGACACAACCCUGAAAACCAAAAAACUGAAGUUUACAAAGAAAAAGAUAAGAAAACAGAUGGUGACAGCAUGAAAGACGUAGCUGAUGAUGUCUCUGAUUGGCAUGGUAAAGUCUUAUACUCUUUUUAUGUAUUCCGGUCUUGAUUUCCUCUUUUAUUUUGUCACUCGUUACCCUUGUGUUUUUGUACUCCUUGUGUGUGUUGUCACUUAAUUCCCUAUGCCCUUAGUGUUUCCUGCUUCAUUUUGAAAGUUCUUUCCCCAGUGUGUCAAGUUUAGCUUUACUUCCUGUCUGUGUGUUUUCCCUCUAUAUCUGAUUGUGAGCCCUGCCCUGAUUACUGUCACCUGUGCCUCGUUAGUCUCACAUGUGUUUGAUUACCCUGCUUGUAUAUGGUCUCUGUGUAUUCACUCCUCUGUUUCAGUUCAUUCAGUCUUACCUGUGUCUUACCCUUCAGUGUCUCCUUGAGCUUCUCCCUGUGGUUAUUUGGGUUCUCCCAAUGGAGUCUCUGUUGGACUGUUUGGAUUUGUUUCUUGGACAUUAAGAAUACCACACACAUGUCCCUGUGUGACCUAUGGCAAACUGAUCAAUGUGAUAUCCACUGAAACUUCCUGUCUGUGUGUUUUCCCUCUAUAUCUGAUUGUGAGCCCUGCCCUGAUUACUGUCACCUGUGCCUCAUUAGUCUCACGUGUUUGAUUACCCUGCUUGUACAUAGCCUCUGUGUAUUCGUUCCUCUGUUUCAGUUCAUUCAGUCUUACCUGUGUCUUACCCUUCAGUGUCUCCUUGAGCUUCUCCCUGUGGUUAUUUGGGUUCUCCCAAUGGAGUCUCUGUUGGACUGUUUGGAUUUGUUUCUUGGACAUUAAGAGUACCACACACAUGUCCCUGUGUGACCUAUGGCAAACUGAUCAAUGUGAUAUCCACUGAAAACAUCCCUCUGUAGAGCAGAAUGACAGCGACUCUCCAAAUUAACAGCAGCUUCCAGGCAGUCGGUGUUCCCUGCUGUUUGCAUCCUCACAUCGGGCCUGUCCUGCAGCCUGCCCCCACUGCAACACAGCUAAUUAAGUUUCUCUCUUUUGGACCCUCCUGCUUCCCGUUUCUUUAAAGGGAGCAACUUAAGCUUCAGAUGAAACAUUGCUUGGGUGCAUCAGGAUCUGGGAGCAACAUGAUAUGAAUCGUCCCUUUAGGUUGCAUAACUCCCUCGAGCGACAUCCUUUUAUGGAGAUGACCCGUUCCUGCUGAAAUAUUCCAGACAGUUUUAGCACCUCUAGACUUCCACUGUGAAUCACUGGAGUCAGCAUUUACCAGAACAUCCUGCUGUGGGGCCCGCUGCCAAGUGCAUUUAUCACCAUAUCGAUGAUAUUGUGCAUUCCUGUAAGUGGCGAAUGCAGGUGCUUAGGUACUGACUAUCUCAGUGCACUGGAGAUGGAACAACCUCCCUGCUGCAUAUUGCAAAAUGGUAAAGAAAGUGUUUUCCACCAGUCAAAUGAGGUCCUGUUACCCACCUGCUUUACAUCUGGAGCUAAUGGAGGUGCACUGCUCCUGCUGGCCAGAGGGUGGGGAAGUUUUCAUGAACUCUUCUACUCUCCAGCCCCCUCCCCCGGCCCUCCUCUGAAUGUUUCAUGCUGCCCCUGAUGAGAGGAGUUCCUGCACAAACUUCAUUCCACGCCACAGAGGGAAAACAUUUGUUGAAGGCUCAACAGAGGCUGAAAAGAGAGAGAAAACUAACAAAGCUCUCUGGCUGGACUUACUACUUUGGGCUGGAUUACUUCUUUCAAGUCAGGGUCUUCAUGCUUUGGCCAAGUAGAUGAGUGUGAAAGUGUGUUUGUGAAGUGUAAAUGUGAUUGAAACUUAGAGUUGACAUGGAUGUGAUGGUUGCUGUGAGCUCUGUCUUCCUGGCACUUCUUCUUUCUCUCCAUCUGCACCACAAUCACCUCUUCGUUCAGGCCGCAAUGGACUCCUGCUACGACGACGAAGGCGCUCCAAGCCGGUGCAUGCCCAAGUUUGAGAACAUCGCCUUCAACCGUACCGUUGUGGCAUCAAACGUGUGUGGUACCCCACCUGAGGACUACUGCAUGCAGACAGGUUCAACACGCUCGUGCCACCACUGUGACGCAUCAGACCCGGACCGGAACCACAACGCCAGCCUCCUGACAGACUUCCACAGGAACGAGGAGUCCACGUGGUGGCAGAGCCAGUCCAUGUUUUAUGGAAUCCAGCAUCCAAAUUCUGUCAAACUCACCCUCAACCUGGGGAAGGCUUUUGACAUCAGCUACAUACGAUUGAAAUUCUACACAAGCCGGCCGGAGAGCUUCGCCAUCUACAAGCGCACACAGGAGGACGGGCCCUGGUUGCCUUACCAGUAUUACAGCGCCUCCUGCACCAAGACCUAUCAGAAAGAUGCCACUGGUUUCAUGCGCCUAGGGGACGAUGAGAGGACAGGUUUAUGCACAGAUGACUUCAGCGAUAUCUCUCCGCUCACUGGAGGAAGCGUGGCGUUUUCCACAUUGGAGGGACGGCCCAGUGCGUACAACUUUGACCAAAGCUUGGGGUUGCAGGAAUGGGUGACAGCAACUGACCUGCUCAUCUCCUUGGACAGGCUUAACACCUUUGGAGACGAGUUCUUCAAGGACGCCAAAGUGUUGCGUUCGUACUUCUAUGCCAUCUCGGAUUUCGCUGUGGGUGGAAGAUGCAAGUGUAACGGUCAUGCCAGCGAGUGCGUACAGGGAGAACAUGGCGGCCUUGUCUGUUCUUGCCAGCAUCACACGGAGGGAGACGACUGCCAGAGGUGUCACCCUUUCUUCCAGGACAGACCUUGGGCCCGGGCCACAGGGGACUCAGCCAAUGAAUGUUUGAAGUGUAACUGCAGUGGGAGGGCAGAUGAAUGCGUGUUUGACAUGGAGCAGUACCGGAGCACUGGCAGUGGGGGGCGCUGUGUGAGCUGCAGAGACAACACUGACGGGCCCCAUUGUGAGCGCUGCAGAGAGAACCACUACCGGAGAUCUGCCGAGGAGCCCUGCCUGCCCUGCAACUGCAAUGUUGAUGGUUCAGUGAGUCUGCAGUGUGACGUCGAAGGAAGGUGCGCAUGUCGGGUCGGCGUGACAGGGGAGAAGUGUGACACAUGCCAGGCUGGCUUUCAUUCGCUUGGCCCUGGUGGCUGCAGGCCGUGUGAGUGCGACCCCAGUGGCAGCGUGGACGUCUGCUCCCCUCUGGAUGGAAGAUGUCGCUGCAAGACGAACGUGGAGGGCCAGAGCUGUGACAGAUGCAAACCAGGCUUUUUCAACCUACAACAAGUGAACCAAGUAGGCUGCCAAGCGUGUUUCUGCUUCGGACACUCCCUGGCCUGCACCUCGUCCGGUCACUACACUGCUGUCAACAUCACCUCUGAUUUUACUGAAGAUCAGGACGGCUGGGUGGGUAAAUUCUCUGCAGGGCAGGAGUACCCCCUGCUGUGGAAGGAAGGUGAAGUCUAUCUGCUGCCUCUAACAGAGGAAGACAUCGGCUUCUACAAAGCCCCCGAGAAAUUCCUGGGUCACCAAGCCUUCAGCUAUGGCCAGCUCCUCUCCAUCACCUUCACCUCUGAGUCGGUCGAGCUGCUCCCCUACCACGUCACUCUGCUCCUCUUCGGCUCUGGAAUCACCUUGUUGGCCGACCUUUCACCCCAGCCCGUGCUCAACUACAACCCCGGCCUCGCACCGCAGCACUCGUUUAUUGUCAGACUUCAUGAAAAUGAGAGGAGGUUUAAACCUUCACUGUCUGCUUUUGAGUUCCAACAUCUCCUAUACAACCUGACAGCUCUCAGCAUCAGCAACGCUGGAGGACACAACUACACAUCGCAGCUAGCGAAGAUAACCCUGACCUCCGCUUUCAUCUCGUCUAGUCCAGCUGGACCUCCUGCCCCAUGGGUGGAAUUUUGUUCCUGUCCCCUGGGUUUUGCAGGACAGUUUUGUGAGCAGUGCGCCGCUGGAUUCACAAGGGAAAACCCAGGCAGGGGGCCUCUCUCACCGUGUGUGCCGUGCAACUGCCACCAGCACGGCACCUGUCACCCAGAGACAGGUGUGUGUGAGUGCUCAGACUUCACCACUGGGGUGACCUGCGAGCACUGCCUGGAUGGUUACUAUGGCAAUGCUUUGAUUGGCACACCUGGUGACUGUCAGCCAUGUCCGUGCCCAGACCGAACCAGCUGUGCUCAAAUCGCAACGACAGGACAGGUGGUGUGUACCAACUGCCCCGCAGGACAGACAGGUAUGCGCUGUCAGAUGUGUGAAGACGGUUACUAUGGGGACCCUCUGGGACAAUCUGGCCAGGCUCAAGCAUGUGUGAGGUGCGACUGCAACGGAAACGUGGACUUCAAUGCUUUGGGGAUAUGCGACCACAUCAGUGGGCGGUGUCUUAAAUGUUUAGGACACACAGAGGGGGACCACUGCGAACGCUGCCAGCGAGGUUAUUAUGGCGAUGCCCUGAACCGGACAGCAGGGAAGAAGUGCAAGGCAUGUGCCUGCAACCCCGGCGGAACAUCUGGGCACAUGAAUGAAUGCCACCCUCAGACAGGAAGCUGCAGAUGCUUGGGUCAUGUGACAGGACGAGACUGCAGUUACUGUGAAGUUGGAUACUUCAACCUCCAACAUGGAGUAGGAUGUGAAAGGUGCCAGUGUAAUCCAGUUGGCUCUUCAUCCAUCGCCUGUCAUCCAGUCAGUGGGCAGUGUCUGUGCCAUGCAGGAGUGGAGGGGAGGCUUUGUGAUUCUUGCCGUGUGGGCUUCUUUGGAUUCUCAUCACGAGGUUGCAGAGCCUGUAACUGUGACCCGAUGGGCUCCAUCUCCAUGCAAUGUCAUAGUAACGGCACCUGCCACUGUCGCCAGGGCUUCGUGGGUUAUAAGUGUGACCAGUGUGAGAUGAACUAUUUCCACAACAGAGCCACACAUCAGUGUGAGGAAUGCCCCGUCUGCUACAGCCUUGUUAAGAAACAGGCAGAAAAGCUGAGGACUCGCCUGCAGGAUUUGGAGAAGCUCCUGGCUCGCUAUGAUUGCCGAGGUAGAUCUGGGAAGCAGCACCACCUGCUGAAGUAUCACAUGGCCAGGCUUUACGAGCAUGAGCACCAGAGGGAGGACACUCUACCAAAUGCUCUGGAGGAUUUCCUCGCCUUCCAAGAAGCACGGGAGGCCUUCAUAAAACAAUUUUCCUUGCUGGAAGCUUCUACAGGCACACUCCUAGCUCAGCUGCAUAGCAUUACAUCUACUUUGAACUGCAGCAUCAGCAUGACAGAGGAGGAGAGGGAGGAGAGCAGGAAGGAUGAAGGGAGCAGGGCUGUAUGUCAAACCUUUACAGAGACUAUUUCCAUGAUCAGAGGGUCUCAGAAACAGCUAAAGCAGGCAACACUGGACCUGGACAGCAUGAUCAUUCCUUUUGAGUUGGAGUCAGGACCAAACAAAUGGAACAUGAUGGUCAAUGACUCACAGGUCCUCAUGAAAAGUCACAGAGAAACAGCAGACUACAUUGAGGCCGUAGCCAGUGGGGCGGUCCAAGCCUCAAAGCAGACCUUCAGUUUCCUGAUGGAUCUGCUGCAGGACAACUCCACAGAGGAGUACAUCAGGAACCUAACCGAGCAAAUAAAACACAUGCAGCAGCAGAAGGCGAACUUGACAGCGCAGGUGAAUGAUACUGUAGCCAAACAGCUGGCCUUGGAGGAGGAAGAUGCAGGUUUAAAGCUCGCCCUGGGUAACAUCACAUCAUCCUUUCAUCAGCUGGCUCUGACAGCCGCCAGCUCAUCACCACAGCCGGCCCAAACACAGCUCAACCAAACACAGCCAGCCAACCACACAGGAGAGUGGGGCGAGGACCUGAUUAAACAGACAGAGGAGCUGGAUGGGCAUAUCCAGACCAAAGACGAUCUAAUCAAUAAGAUCAGAGAGAAGACGGAGACUCUGAAACAGACUACAAAUGAGAAAAUAGAGACGAUGGUGAAUGACGUCAGUGAGCUGCAAGCUCGCACUGAAGGGGCAAAGGUCACGGCUCUGUCGUCCGUGGUGACGGGGAAAGAGAUGGAAUCAGACGCAAUCACCCUGCACAGAGAGCUAGACCACAUGAUGAAGGAGUGGCCCAACCAGCACACCCAGACACAGGCCGCCAUCAAAAAGGAGAAACCCCUGGAGGACAAGGUUUUAGCUGACGUCAGAAGAAAGGUUUCACAGAUUGAGAGGAUGCUCAAACCAGCUCUGGAGACCUCCAGCCUCGCCAGCAACACCACCAAGGAGGCAGAACAAACAGCACAAGCUGUGGCCAAGGAAUCCAAAGGUAUUCUUACCCAGGCCAAGCACACCAGGACCGCCUCUACUCACCUGGGCUCCCAUUUAAACUCUGCUUUACGCCAGCUGGCUGAGCAGGAGACCCUAACAGCUACAGCAAACUCCCAGAUCAACUCGCAGCCUGAGGUGUCCCUGACUCGCGUAAAGGAAGAUAUGGAAGCAGCCAAGCUCCAGUUAAAGGCCUUUUCUGUGACACUAACUGAGCUAAUCAGCAAAAUUGAUGGGAAUGUGCCGCUGGAGAGAUUCGACCGGAUCUUGAACGAGACGGCCCGCCGUCUGAGCAUGCUCCGAGGGAGCGUUGAAAGCCCAACACUGGGCUCAAAGAUCCAGAAGCUCCAAUCUGCCUCUAAGGAGCAGCAGAGCCGUCUGUCCAUGAUUGAACAGGACUUACAGGAGAUCAGGGAGGAGAGAGACAGUCUGAGGGACAUUGCCGUAAACCUGCCUCAAUCUUGUCCUGAAGCCACAGCAGCAGGCAAAGGCUAGAUGUUAUAGAGUCAUUGAUAAGAAAAUGGAACAUCAGAAAAGUCUGGUAGGAUUUUUAUAUUAAAAGGGGCUGUGGUCAUUUUUUAUACUGCUUCAAAAAAAGCCAUUUAACAUCCCUUCUUUUUCUGCUUUCUGCCCAAAGGUACAAUUUAUUUCACCUCCACAUAUUUCCCUCCUAAAAGCAACAAACUCAUCCUCUGUCUCCAAUGAUUUAUGCCUAAUCUCCCGCCUGUGUUUUAUUCCUGUAAAUUUCCUCUCCCGCUUUCCUUUUCAUCAACAACAUCAGAAGUUUAAUUUCACUGUGAAUAAUAAUACAGCCGUUCUGAAUUGCUGGAGUGCACUGUCAAGUUUAAAAUAAUGCUGAUUUUCCUUUGUGGGGGUAAAAGGUGUGUCUAAGAGCUCCUCCAGUCUGACACAUUCAUUUACACUUGAGCUCCUUUUCAUCAGCCCGGCUUAAUUAACAAUUAGUCCUGGUGGCCUCGCUGGGGUUCAGGUCAGGCUUCAACAGCACAUAACCUGUGUUUGGGAUUCUUACAGUGCCUACCUCUCUGUUUUACCAUUCCUCCAUUUUUAUUUCUUUCUGCGUCACUAUCAGAUCAUUAAACAUUCCUUGUCCUGGGGCUUUGGUUGUCUCUCACCGUGGCCCCUUGCGACCAAAAUGUAAACACAUAAUGUGAAUAUUAUCAUGACAAGAAUCAUGAGUUGAUUGUAAACCAAAGAUAAACAAGAGACACUAUUUUCUAUUUUUUAUAAAUGCUCAGAAGCGAUCUGGAGUCAGCAUCAGUCAUCUUCACGUCAGUUACUCAUCUACUAUCAUAUACCAUGUUUUCAAUAUGUGUCUUUAUUGACACCAUUUCAGAACAGAGUAUACUUCAAAGGGUCAUAUUUCAUAUAAAGGUAUCUGUUUUUAGUGGAUGCUGUUACAGCAAAUUCAACACACAAUGGGAAUGAAGGUGCUUCUCACAGCUGAGAGAGCUUGAAUUGUUUUAUGAUGGUUCCAGGAAUUUGAAGAAGCAAUAAAAUAAGUAUUAAAUCCUUGGAAAA